AUGGAGAUGAUUUCGAGCUCUUCCAAUAAGAGCUUCAACGGCAAAAUAUGGAGAAGAAAAGGUUACAGUUACAGCAGAUUAUCCACUGGAAAAACAACUAGGUUUGGGUCUGGAAGCAAAGAAAAGCGUUCAUGGCGGAUUAAAAUAACCCGAAAACUGCGUUUGAAACUCAGUUCGCCAUUGAAAUUGUGGCGCAAGUUGAAGAAUGCAUACAUCGACAUGAUGCUUAAGCUGGCACGAAACACAGGCUCUGGAAUUAAUCUUUUGGGUUCGAAAAGAAUCCCUAAAGCUCGACAGAUUCCAAAUGGGUAUUCAAGAACUGAAUUUGAGAACAGAUUGGUGCUUGAGAUUUACAAAAAUAUGGUGGCUUCUUAUGAAUUGGGUUAUAACAGAUAA